GCUUGCUGAGCAGUAUAAAGAGCAGAGCUGGAUAGCUAUGUCAGAUCUGGAGAGAGAAUUGCAAGAGAUGGAGGCACAAUAUGAGAAGGAAUUUGGAGAUGGAUCAGGUGAUGAAGAUGAAUUAGAAGAACAGGAGGCAAAGGGCAUUGAAGACAAACUGAAUGAUGAGACUGAAGAAGCUGAAUUUGUUGAUGGUCUGUACUGCCCUGCUUGUGACAAAUUGUUAAAAACUGAGAAAGCCAUGAAGAAUCACGAAAAAUCAAAGAAGCAUCGAGAGAUGGUAGCACUGUUACGACAGCAGCUGGAAGAGGAAGAACAGAAAUUUCCUGUGUCUUCGGGUGAUGCAAAUGGAAUACAUACCAAAGAGGAGGAAGAAACAGAAGACCUGCCCAAACUCUCGAAGAAGCAGAGGAAGAAACAGAAAACAAUGAUG